CCAAGCUUUUUUCUUUCCCCCCAUUUUUAAGUCGCGUUGGUUUUAGUCAUUGUCAUGAAUAACAAGUGACGUUUUUAACGUGUCUGACGAAGAAAGGAGAAGUAGUAGAAAAGAAAGGACACCCCCCUAUAUUUAUAGCUAAUUUCUGAUUGUGUGCGAUCGAGUGCAGUGGAUGAACAGGAUGGAAAAUGAUAUUUCAGAAGGGAAAUCUACUAACUCUUCAGGUGCAACACUCUCCCUCACUGCCCUGCGCCUCCUGGUCCCACCACUUCGGUUGGUCUCCGCAGCCGUCUGGCAGACCAUCCAGCAAAAAGUUAUAGCUGAUUACGGGAUGCUUGAGGAGUUUGUGUCUAUGGUUACAGACAUUCUUCCAGAGCUGCUCACCAGCCGCCAGCGGACUGAACUCAGCCUGGGCCUCAGAGCACGGCUGAUCCUGGAGUUAUACCAGCGUGAAGCUCCUGCUGACUUUGAGAUCAUCCAGCCACACUUGGACAGGAUGCAAGUGCUCAUCAAUGCAUGGCUAGUGGAGGCUGGUGGUACUAAUGUAGAACUGCCACAAUCAAACUUUGUGGAUCUUGUAAAGAACUUGCAGAAUGAUGCUGAAGAAAGAGAGCACUUCUUUCAGAAUGUUUUCCCUGUAGAGUUUGGUCCUGCAUAUGAUGAAACACUUCACACUUUGAUGUGCCUGUUUUUAUCCAGAUUUGAAAAGAUUCUUCAUCUUCAGUCAUUCCAGCAGGUUGCCUCCAUGUUUGGUGAAGCUUCUUCUGCUCUCAAGGACUGCAUGCAGUUGGUGUCUCAGUGUGAAGAGCUCAAAACUCUGCUGCAGUAUCAAAAACACCUUAGCCAACUAGAUCAUAUAGAUAGUUCUCUGGACGGUGAGUGGAUCAUUUCAGCUCUAAACCUUCCCUGUGUAGAAAAAACAGAAACGCUUAAAACACAAGCAAAGGGCAGCAUUUUGGAUGAAUUGUUAUUUUCAUCAGAUUUGGAAAAGGAAUCACUGGCUCCAGAACAGCAGACGUGUGAGACCAAUGAUGGUAAAAGUGAUUGGACUCCUGAGCACAAUGGAACACAGUUGCCUUUAGGAGAUUCAACAAAACAUGCCGAAAAUGUAAAUCUUCAAAGUCAGACAGAUGGUUCUUGUUGCCUAAUCAAAGAGUGCCACGUUCGUCUAAGAAGACUUGACCUGCCACUGUCUUUACAGUCUCGACCUGUGAGAUCAAACAGAGGCCUAAGAAUGAAAAAGAUUCUCCAAGAGGUGAAAGGGCAACUUUGUGGAGAGGCCCUACCUGCUGACAAAUCUAUUUCCACGAAAGCAAAACAGUUCGAGAGGGUUUCUCAAAUGCUGUCAGACAAUGAGGAUUCAGGCAAAGACUCCUCAUACAUGGCUCCCAUCAGUACUUGCAGUGAAGAUGACUCCUGGUCUUACUACUCGGAUAAGGACUCUUGUCAUAACACUGUUAGUAGAAGUCCCAGUGUAACUGAUUCAUGGUCUCACUACUCAGACGAUGAGUCUUCAAUUGUGAGUCCUGUUAACAGUUUCCCUGAAAGUGGUUCAGUUUGUAGCAGCUCAGAUGAGGACCCUUCGUUCCUGGGUCCUAAAGAUGUGUCAGAUUCUAGCAGAAAUCGGGGCACUGCUGGCAUAAAGCAUAGCUCUACCAAACACACUCGUUUAAUCCAGUGCUUUAUCUGCAAAGAGCAUGUCAACACAAACCUGAGAACUCACAUGAAAACCCACUUUCCCACCAAUGACUACGCGUGCCCUCGAUGCGAUAGCAGGUUUAAACUCCUAUCCUCUCUGAAGAAGCACUUGAAUAAGACUUGUUAUGAAUAUGCUCAGCAGCAUGUAGAUCCAGGGAAUCCAGAUGAAGUCAAGAAUCUUUACAAAUGUGACAUAUGCCAAGAGGCGUUCAAGUACAAAGUUGCUCUGCAAAAGCAUACGCUGACCCACAACGAGCUCUACUGCAACGUAUGCAGAAAGGUCCUUCGAGAUGCUGCAACGCUGGCAAGGCACAAAGUUUCACACACUCCAUUUCAGUGCAACCGCUGCGACAAGUCUUUCAGUCUUUUCAAGCCCUUACUCAAACAUUACGAAAACAUCCAUAAAGUCAGCAGACCAUUCAAAUGCAGCCAUUGCCCCAAAACUCUCCCCAGGCUGCGAUUUUUAAUCAUACAUGAAUGGCACCACACAGGCCACCUGCCGUUCCGGUGUUCUCAUUGCAGCCUGAGAUUCAAAUGUGAUUCUGAGCUCAUGUACCACGAGAGGGUCCACACCAGAGAGAAACCCUAUCUGUGUGCAGAGUGCGGCAAGACGUUCGCCCAAAAGUCCAACAUGUUGCGCCACCUGCACUUCAUCCACAGCGAGUCUCGAAAUGAGAAGAAGCACUCUUGCUCUCAGUGCGAGAAGUCCUUUAAAGAGAAAGGAGCGCUGAAAAAGCACCAGAGGAGCAAACACUUACACGAGUUGUUCCGUAAUCCAUGUCCGACCUGCGGGAAGAUGCUUUCGUCAUCAACGAUGAAAAGGCAUAAAUUAAUCCACACUGGAGAAAGACCUUUCAAAUGCACUGUGCCUGAAUGCGAAAAGUACUACAGAUCAACCUCGGAGGUUAAGAAACACAUUCUCAUGCACCAUACCACAGAAAGGCCGUAUAAAUGUGACAUCUGUGGAAAGGGGUUUGUAAAAAUAUGGUAUCUCAAUGUACAUGCUCGAAUACAUUCGGGAGAAAAACCAUUUGUUUGCCAUAUCUGCGGCAAGGCCUUCCUAAAGGCCUACAGCAUGUUCAGGCACAAAAGACUUCUACAUACAUUUGUUACACAUUAACUACGUGACACAGGAAUGCUUGAUUGGUUAAGGAAAGUAGCUUCUUGGUGUGAAUGCGCAUUGAAUCUGAAUUCUGUCUAAUGGGCAGCAAGGAGCAGAUGUUGCAAAAGCUGGCAAAAUAAUUCCCUAUUUACUAUUUAAAGUAUGUAUGUUUUCAUUUGAACCACUUGUCUACCAAGAGUGAGCGAUGACAGAGGUCACUGCCACAGGAAACCAACCAACUGGACAAAAAAAAGAGAGAGAGAGAAAGAAUCAAAACAUGUCCAGCUAACUUUGUAACCACUUUGAGAACCCUCCAAAUGCUUGUUCAGGGGUAAAGUUAGCAGUACGUUUUAGGUUAUUGUUAGGCACUUAGAUGCUUAAACCUCAGGUAAAAAGUGUGUGAAUACACUGAUGCCAGUGAAUUACCUCACAAAGAUACCUAGACAAAUGUCUGCUUUGUGCUACACAGAAAGAGGAGCACACAGAUUCAAAUAGUCUACGAUGAAACUGAAAAAGUAGUGGUUCCAGCAUGUAAAAUACUUACAGUCCCACAGUUAAAUGUACUAUCUCUGUGUGGGGCACAGGCUGCGGUGACUGUUGUCUAAGUCAGCAGCUGACAGUACAAUGAAAAAAACAAACAAACACUGUAAACACAAUAAAAAUGCAGGAUACAUACUGGAGGUGAACGAGUUCAGCUCGGUGUAUAAAGAUCUUUGUCUUCUCCCAACUUCAAUUCAUAUGAAGAAUUACCAUAUUUGUUUCAUGUGUACUUUGUAUUUAGCAGUGUAAUUUUUUUAACUAUUUAGUUUGUUUGAUUUUACAUCAUAUGUUUUGUUCUUUUUCAUGUUGUGUAUAAUGUGUUUUAGGCACGAAGCAGAAAAGUGAGCAGCAUUCAGCUUCUUCUGUGGAUCAUUUUCAUCUGUUUUUUUAUCAAAAAAUUAAAAUGGUGAAGCUUU